ACUCUUCCUGAUAGUUCCAUUUACACAGAUCUCGAAGAGCUAUUCCGAGGAUCCGACAAAAUGGCUCCAAAAUCCGAUUUACAAACCCUAGCAACCGGCUCCGGUGUAUCGGACGGUUCAGAUCAAUCCUCAAUCGAUCCCAUAUUCCACCUUCUCCGAAUCCUCCCGUUCUCAUUCCUCCGACCACCACGUCUCCGUCUCAGGAUCCCAUCCUUCACGCUUCCUUCUCCGAUGACUGUAUACGCUCUGAUCCUCCUCACGUACUUCCUCGUCGUAUCAGGUUUCGUCUACGACGUCAUCGUCGAGCCUCCGGGUAUCGGAUCGACUCAGGAUCCGAUCACUGGAACUAUUCGACCCGUGGUGUUUAUGUCGGGUCGGGUUAACGGGCAAUACAUUAUUGAAGGUCUAUCAUCCGGGUUCAUGUUCGUUCUCGGUGGGAUUGGGAUCGUCAUGCUUGAUUUAGCGCUUGAUAAGAACAAAGCCAAGAGUGUUAAAGCUUCUUAUGCUGUUGCUGGAGUCUCCUCGAUUGUGAUCGGUUAUGUCAUGAGUAUGCUAUUCAUCAGGAUUAAGAUUCCUGGUUAUCUUCAUUAGGGUUUUAGACUAGUGCAAUGUGUAAUGAGUGAUCUCACUUGAAAAAGUUGUGUUUUUCUUAAAGAGUUUUCUAGGCUUUAUAUGUCCAUUGUGACUUGUUCGAACUCAGUCCUGUAUCUCUUUGGAUUUGAAUCAAAGUCUUAGUAACGGUUCUAUCGAGUUCUUU